UUCGGCACGCUUUUCCAACAUACUCAUGUUGGAUUUUUUCUUCUUGUUUUUUUUUUUGAAAUUCACAUUUUCACUCACAAUCACAUUCUUUCACAUUCACAAUCAAAAUUUUAUGGUGGGUCCUCUGUAAGAAACGGUUCGAAGCUGUACCGCUACCAUUUACUUACUACAUCCACUCCUCAAGUACACUAAAAUGAACACUGAAAGCCUCAUCCACUUGGUCAUGUUAUGGAGAAACGCGUUGUAGUUAUCACCGCCCAUGUAAUGUUGUUAUCAAUCAUUAGAUCGUUAUCACCCUCGUUCUAUUGUUCUCUCUAAGUAGCUAGUAUGUAUAUGUAAAUGUCAUUCAAGUCUAGAGUCUAGAGAGGCUGCUCACUCUGUUGACCAGAGUAAGGAUAUAUUAUGCGAGGCCAAAGUCUGUCCUUACUGCCGUCCUUGGGGACUAGGUGUCCCUGAUGUCCCCGCACAACAAAUGCUACAAGAUCAUUUGAAUUUUCCAAGUUUAAAGAGCUCAUUUUUCAGAAUAGUUAUAUAUAUUAUCCCCUUAAAUUUUCUGAUAUUAUGCAUUAAAGUGUGACUAUAUUUCCUCGGAAAAUGGAAUAAAAAUGUUCAAAAGUUUUUCCCACGAAAAUUCGUAAUGAUUUCAAAAGAAUGACAGCAUAUUCUCUGAGAAAGGAGUAUUUUUGAGGACGUAAAAAGAGGAUAUCAGAAUGGUGGAAGAAAAAUUGCCAAAGAAGAUGCGUAAUUGGGUUCCUCUUAUGGGAGGAGACGAAAGGUUCGCCUAGUGAAAGGGUAGUGACAGGGGAUUUUAGAAGAAAUGAAGGAGUGCAAACUCCCCGAGUGGGAUGAUUGGGGACUUGGGCGGCUGGGUAUAGCAGAGCGCUACGAAUCACUGUGAAAGCGGCUUUAUACAAGCAAAAUAGGAUUUCAUCAUGAUCGGAAAGUAUUAAUCAAGUGAUCAGCUACACAAGUUGAGAUUAUAAUCUAGUUGGUAUUCUUUUGUAGUAAUGCAACGUUCAAUCUCAUCACUCGAAAAUAUUUGACAUAACAGAUUCUGCAUUUGAGUUCGAUGUUUCAAAUUUUUGCUGUUUCCAAUCAGGAUAGAAGAACACAUUUUAUAUGAUUCAGGAGAUCGUGAUUGACCUCACCUAUAUUGAAUAAUAUUCCCAAAAAAUUGCAUGCCAAAAUUUUAGCCCGUUCUCUGUAUCAAAGAGUAAUUUUUUUUUUAUAUAUAUUGAAAUCGAGGAAUGUGUUUUUAUAAAUUCACCGUCGAGGCAUUCAAUAUCAUUUAGCCAUUAUGCUUAUACUCCCGGUCAUAUUCUCGGCUUAUGUCCUCGGUUGAAGGCAUAGGCCUGGGCUGUUGCACCGUAAUUUUUACACGAAUAAGAAUUAUAUUUAUCGCCAGACUUCCACCAAAAUCAAAUUAUCAAGUUAUCAAGUUCAAAGUUCGACUGUAUGAUACCUACAUGUGUUUCCCUUUCAAUUCAUCGAUGAGUUUGCAAAGAGGAAUGAACUUGCAUAAGCUGCCAAAUUCUAUUUCUGCUAAUAUGUUCCUCUAAUAGUUAGUUUUAAAAGAAAUACCAGCAAUUUUGCUAUGGAUAGCCGUACAAUUAAUAUAUGUGGUGUGGGAAUUUGUCAAUUACUUCUCUUCUCCGGCUAUGUUGCUUUGUUGGAUCUUCAGAAAACCUUACUAGUGAGUGCGCACGAUGACAACCCUAAUUUCAACGUUGAUGGAUACACUCUUUCUGGAGUUAUAUACACAUCUUUCUCGCUCAGUGUACUCCUCACUCCCUCAGUUAUUUCAUCCAUUGGUCCCCGAUUGACGAUGUUUAUUGGAGCUCUAUGCUAUUUAGCCCCUCCUGUGGCAAUGUUCCUAGAGAAUAGUUGGCUUCUAUACGCAGCCGUCUCACUUAAUGGCAUUGGUGGAGCUCUAACGUGGACUGCGAGUUCAAAUUAUUUGGUACUGAACUCUACCGAACAAACACUUGCACGAAACAUGGCUUUGUUUUGGUUCUUUUUCGCAUGCGGAUCUUUUCCGGGCAACCUGUUCACAUACAUCGCAUUCAAAAGUGUGACGGUAAAGAUUGAUGAAUCCACAAGGCACCUUGUCUUAUUAGUGAUGACUGGAUUAAUGGCUGUAGGAGCUUUUUCGUACCUAUUUCUCAGAGAUGUUCAUGAAAGUAGGAAAAAAUCAAAUGCUGACACGCCUUUGCAAGCAUUGAAAAAGACUUCAGACAUAGCAUUAUCAAGGAAUACAGCUGUGCUUCUUUUAGCUUUUGGAUACUUAGGAUUAAAUUUGUCUUUCAUCUCCGGCAUCUAUGGAUCUUCCAUUGGUUUCACAUUACAGAUUGGAGAGGGUGUUAAGAGACUCGUUCCUCUGUCUGCGGUUUUGGCCGGCUGCGGAGAGGUUUCAGGAGGGAUACUGGGAAAAAUUUUUGGGAAAGUAAAUAUAUUUCGGAUCAACAUAUUUUUUGUUGCUGCUGUGAUUAUCAACUGUGUCUGUUAUUUGAUGAUAUUUUUAUGUUUACCUGCGGAUGCAAACUUUGGUAACACAUAUGAAAAAGCUUUUAUUGAACCACGACCCUGGCUCUUGUUACUGGUGGCUUACUUCCUUGGAGUAGGUGACAGUUUGCUUAACAUUCAGAUCUACACUUUAGUAGGGUCUCUAUAUCCUAACGAUAGUGCUCCUGCCAUCGGUGUCUUCAAGAUUUUACGAAGUGUCUUCACCGCCGCUAGUUUCUACUAUAGCCGCUACUUACCCCUGCCAACUCAACUGCUGAUUUUGACGAUUUUUGGAGCCCUGGGUAUGAUUACAUUCAAUGUAAUGAACGUAACCUAUGAACGGAGAAAAGUAGCGGACAAAUGUUGAUGAUUUGAAUUUCUGUCAUGCCCAUUGUAACUUUUAAGCCAAUUUAAAGUUUAAGUCAUCUAAGUUAUGAACAUGCAUGGAGCAAAUGUUAUCAUUCAGUUCAUCAAUUAAAUUUUCAUUCGCAAUCGUAUCUUAAAUUAAUAAAGAAAAAAAUCUGCCCUUUCA